AUGGAAAGCAAACGAUUUGCAAGUGGUGCUAGUCAACCACAAUACCGUUGCACUCAAAGCCUUCGAGACCCAUUCCGAUCUCCUUCGGUACCAAUGCCACACAAGAACACUAGAGCAAAACAGAGAACAAUCAAAGGCAUGAUUAGAAACUUAGCAGAGGUACUUGGAAGAUACUGCAUCAAAUUCUUCGUACUUGAGAAUGUGGCUCCUCAAAAAGCAAGUUCCCCUAAUUUCAAGAACAUGAUUGCUGUAGCCCAACAAGAAGGUCAAGGCGUAGCCACAACAUCGCCAUAUGAAAUAAAGCAUAAGAACUUAGAUAUGGAACACACAGACAUGCAAGCCUAUGUGGAAAAGGUAAAGGAAAAUUGGGGAGUGUAUAGAUGCACCAUUAUGAGUGAUGGAUGGACUGGCCCGACAAGGUUAGCCAUAAUAAAUUUCAUGAUCUUCUCAAUCAGGAAAACUAUUUUUAACAAAAUCAGUGGAUGCUUCAAUAAAACCAAGGAUGCAAAGUACACCGCCAAAUUGUUGAAGGAUGUCAUAAAAAAGGUUGGGUCUUCGAAUGUUGCUCAUAUUGUCACCGACAAUGGUUCAGCCUUUGUUAAGGCUAUUAAGGUUGGAGAGACGAUGAUGGAGCGGUACCCUAUUUUAUUGGACUCCUUGUGCUGCACGUUGCAUAGAUCUAAUAUUUGA